AUGGCGGCCCGCGGUGGCGGUGGCGGCCCUCCGCCCCCGGGGCCACCGCUGAUGGUGCGGAGGCUGGCCGUCGAGGUGGUGGACGCGCGCGACCUCGUGGCCAAGGAUGGCCUCGGCACGUCCAGCGCCUUCGCGGUCGUGGACUUCGACGGCCAGAGGAAGCGCACGCGCACCGUGCCGCGGGACCUCAACCCGCAGUGGCACGAGCGCCUCGAGUUCGUCGUGCAUGACCCGGCGAACAUGCACGCCGAGGCGCUCGACAUCUCGCUCUACCACGACCGCCGCUUCAACCCCUCCGGCGGCGGCGGGGGAAGCGGCAAGAACCAGUUCCUCGGCCGCGUCCGCAUCUACGGCUCCCAGUUCUCGCGCCGCGGCGAGGAGGGGAUCGUCUACUUCCCGCUCGAGAAGCGCAGCCUCAUCAGCUGGAUCCGCGGCGAGGUUGGACUCAAGAUUUACUACUACGACGAGCCUGCAGUAAUGCCGCCGCCUCCGGAAGAAAAACCGCCGGAGCAGGCCGACAACGCGCCGCCGCCGGAGGUCCCGCCGGAAGCGCCGAGAGAGCUCCCAGAUAUGCCCGCGCCGACUGAGGCCGCCGUCGAAGUGCAGCAGCCGGCGGCGCAACCUCCGAUCAUUAUCGUGGAGGAAGCGCCCAUGCACCCACCAAUGAUGGUGCCGCCGAUGCAGGGGCCGCACGGCCCCCACGGUCCGAUGAUGCCGCCGCCGAUGCACGGGCCGCACGGCCCCCACGGUCCCAUGAUGCCGCCGCCGGUACACGGGCCACACGGGUCAAUGACGCCGCCGCCACCAGAGCAGCCGCAUCCGGAGCCAGAGUCAGCGCCGGAACCGGAAUCCGGCGACCAGUACCCUCCCGAGGUGCGAAAGACGCGGAUGGCCACGGAGCGCGUCCGCGUCGUGCGCCACCCGAGCGGCGGCUUGGGCCCGGAUUACUACGCGCCCUCUCCCCGCGUCAUCCCCGGGCGGUUCGUGUCCACUGGCGAGUCCGUGGAACCGGUGCAGUCGUCGUCGUACGACCUGGUGGAGCCGAUGCGCUACCUCUUCGUGCGCGUCGUGCGGGUGCGCGGCAUACGCGCCUGCGAGGGCCCGUACGUCAAGGUCCAGGCUGGUCCGCACUCACUCCGAUCGCGGCCUGGCCGGGACGUCUCCGGCACCGGCAAUCCCGAAUGGAACCAGGUGUUCGCCAUCAGCCACGCCAGGCCGGAGCCCACGCUGGAGAUUUCCGUGUGGGACGGCGGCGCGCCCUCCCCUGCCGAAGCCUUCCUCGGCGGCGUGUGCUUCGACCUCUCCGACGUGCCGGUUCGCGACCAGCCCGAUGGCCCGCUGGCGCCGCAGUGGUACAGGCUCGAGGGCGGCGAGCCGGGCAUGGUGACGGGGGACAUCAUGGUGGCGGUGUGGAUCGGCACGCAGGCUGACGACGCGUUCCCGGAGGCGUGGAACACCGACGCGCCGUACGUCGCGUACACGCGGUCCAAGGUGUACCAGUCGCCCAAGCUCUGGUACCUGAGGGCGUCCGUCAUCGAGGCGCAGGACCUGCGCGUCCCGGCGCCGCAGCCGGGGCUGCCGUUCGACGUGCGCGUCAAGAUACAGCUCGGCUUCCAGUCGGCGCGGACGCGGCGGUCAGUGGCCAGCUGCAGCGGCUCCGCGUUCGCGUGGUCCGAAGACCUCAUGUUCGUCGCGUCCGAGCCGCUCGACGAUAACCUCAUCGUACUAGUGGAGGAUCGGUCCAUGAUCAAGGAACCCGCGCUGUUGGGGCACGCCACCAUCCCAGUGACCUCCGUAGAGCAGCGCCUCGACGAGCGGCAGAUCGUCGCGUCGAGAUGGUUCACCCUCGAAGGCGGGACGUCAGGCAUCGGCAUGCACCCCGGCAACGCCGGCGGCCCGCCGGCUUUCUACUCCGGGCGGCUGCACCUUCGGCUCUGCCUGGAAGGCGGGUACCACGUGCUCGACGAGGCGGCGCACGUGUGCAGCGACUACCGGCCGACGGCGAAGCAGCUGUGGAAGCCGCCGGUGGGCGUGCUGGAGCUCGGCAUCAUCGGAGCGUGCGGCUUGCUGCCGAUGAAGACCAAGGGAGGCGCCAAGGGGUCGACGGACGCGUACUGCGUGGCCAAGUACGGCAAGAAGUGGGUGCGCACGCGGACCAUCACCGACAGCCUCAACCCACGGUGGAACGAGCAGUACACGUGGCAGGUGUACGACCCGUGCACUGUGCUCACGGUCGCCGUGUUCGACAACUGGCGCAUGUUCGCCGGCCCCGGCGACGAGCGGCAGGACUACCGCAUCGGGAAGGUGCGGGUGCGCGUGUCCACGCUGGAGAGCAACCGGGCGUACACGGCGUCGUACCCGCUGCUGGUGCUGCUGCGGUCGGGGCUGAAGAAGAUGGGCGAGGUGCAGCUCGCCGUGCGGUUCUCGUCUCCGGCGCAGCUCCCGGACACGUGGGCCACGUACACGACGCCGCUGCUGCCGCGCAUGCACUAUCUGCGCCCCAUCGGCGUCGCGCAGCAGGAGGCGCUCCGGGGCGCGGCCGUGCGCACCGUGGCCACAUGGCUGGCGCGCUCGGAGCCGCCGCUGGGGCCGGAGGUGGUGAAGUACAUGCUCGACGCGGACGCGCACACGUGGAGCGUGCGGCGCGCCAAGGCCAACUGGUUCCGCAUCAUGGGGGUGCUCGCCUGGGCCGUGGGUCUGGCGCGGUGGCUGGACGGCGUGCAGCGGUGGCGCAACCCGUCGACGACCGUGCUGGUCCACGCGCUCUACCUCGUCCUGGUGUGGUACCCGGAGCUGGUGGUGCCCACGGCGUCGCUGUACGUGUUCAUGAUCGGCGUGUGGUACUACCGAUUCCGGCCCCGGGGCCCCGCCGGCAUGGACGCGCGGCUGUCGCAGGCCGACACGGUGGACGGCGACGAGCUGGAGGAGGAGUUCGACCCGGUGCCGCCGCCCGAGGUCCUCCGGCUUCGGUACGAACGGCUGCGCACGCUGGCGGGGCGGGUGCAGCGCGUCAUGGGCGACGUGGCGGCGCAGGGCGAGCGGCUGCAGGCGCUGGUGAGCUGGCGGGACCCGCGCGCCAGCCGGAUCUUCGUGGGCGUGAGCUUCGCCGUGGCCGUCGCGCUGUACGCCAUGCCGCCCAAGAUGGUGGCCGUGGCCAGCGGGUUCUACUACCUGCGCCACCCGAUGUUCCGGGACCCUAUGCCCCCGCCAGCGGUCAACUUCUUCCGCCGCCUGCCGAGCCUGUCCGACAGGUUGCUCUGA